AUGAUUAAAGACGCCAUAUCGAAGAAGAAAUUGCGUAAAUUGCAUCGACUUACAGUUGCGGAACUAAAGCAGCUGGUUACUAGGCCUGAUCUUGUAGAAAUGCACGAUGUUACUGCAAGAGAUCCGAAACUACUAUUAUUAUUGAAAGCGACACGAAAUACAGUGCCUAUACCUCGUCAUUGGUGUUUCAAACGUAAAUACCUGCAAGGGAAGCGUGGUAUUGAGAAACCUCCAUUUGAGUUACCAGAUUUCAUAAAGAAAACUGGAAUUAUGGAAAUGAGAGAAGCCUUACAAGAAAAAGAGGAUAAAAAGACCAUGAAAGCGAAACAGAGAGAAAAGAUACGCCCUAAAAUGGGAAAGUUAGGAAUCGAUUACCAAAAACUUCAUGAUGCAUUUUUUAAGUGGCAAACUAAGCCAAAAGUUACUAUGCACGGAAGUCUUUACUACGAAGGAAAAGAAUUUGAAACUCGCCUGAAAGAAAAGAAACCUGGGGACUUAUCGGACGACUUGAGGCUCGCUCUUGGAAUGCCAACAGGCCAGGGUAAAAACUUGAUACCUCCCCCUUGGCUAAUUGCUAUGCAAAGAUAUGGCCCUCCGCCUUCAUACCCCAAUUUGAAAAUAUCUGGUUUGAAUGCGCCAAUCCCUGAAGGUGCAUCAUUCGGUUAUCAUCCUGGUGGAUGGGGUAAACCCCCUGUAGAUGAAACGGGGCGUCCGCUAUACGGAGACGUAUUUGGAACUCAAGCAUAUGACUACCAACUUACUGGGGAAGAUGAGGGAGUAGAAAAGUCUCGCUGGGGAGAAUUAGUUUCAGACGAAGAAGAAGAAGAAGAAGAAGAAGAAGAUGAAGAAGAAGAAGGCCAAGAGAAAAAAGUCGAUGAAACUGGACUUGUUACUCCCGCUGAAGGAUUGGUCACUCCUAGCGGUCUCACUUCUAUUUCUGCUGGCUUAGAAACGCCCGAAAGUAUCGAACUCCGAAAAAAGAAAAAUAUUGAAGAUGCAAUGGAGCAAGGUGAAGAAACCCCACAAUUGUAUACUAUAAUUCCGGAAAAGAAAAUUGCAGUUGGCGCUGCCAUAAUGGGCUCUGCACAUAUUUACGAUAUAAAUGCGGCACCCAAGAAGAGUACCACUCAAGCUGAUGGUAUAGAAGUCUCACUUGAUCCUAGCGAGCUAGAAUUGGAUGAAGCUACUAUGACAGCUAAGUAUGAAGAACAACUUCGUGAGCAAAAUGAUUCGGCGAAAAAAGAAGAUUUUAGUGAUAUGGUUGCUGAGCAUGCAGCUCGACAGCAGAGGAAACGCAAGAAAGCAGCGGAUAGUACUAAAACAAAUAAAAAAUAUAAAGACUUCAAAUUUUGA